AUGAACACAAACAUAUGGACGACAUUUUGGAACUCUAAGAGCUCCGAUCGUUCUAACGAACACGUGCCAACUGAGUUGACUCAUGGAGCAAACUUUGUGGUGAAAUGGGUUGAUAGUUGUGAAGCUUGUUUAGAAGAUGGUAACAAGCCGUGCAAAUGCGGUACUAGCAACGAAAAGUUGCAGAUAGUUAAGAACGAGAUAGCGGAAACUGAGGCACGUGUCGUUACAGGCAACAGUUCGUUUCUUCAAUCUGUCAUGAAUAUGAUCGGAAUGCUCAUAGGUCUUGGCCAGCUAUCAACACCAUAUGCACUAGAAAAUGGAGGGUGGGUUUCUGCAUUUCUGCUAGUAGCCCUUGGAUUCACAUGUGCAUAUACCUCCCACCUCCUCGGAAAAUGCCUCAGUAACAACCCAAAAGCGAGAAACUACACCGAUAUCGGCCACCAUGCUUUCGGGAGCCGUGGACAAGCCAUCGCAACCGCAUUCAUCUACCUGGAAAUCUUCAUGGCUCUUGUUUCGUACACCAUCUCGUUGCACGAUAACUUGAACAUCGUCUUCCUAGGAACCCACAUCCGGUUCUCGUGGGCUCGUCAUCUGUCGACGUCUCAAGUCCUGACGGUGUUUGCGGUUUUGGUUGCGUUGCCUAGCCUCUGGUUGAGGGAUCUCUCGUCUAUUUCGUUCCUGUCGACUGGCGGCAUCAUCAUGUCGCUAAUGAUUUUCGUGACGGUGGCUUGCACCGCCAUAUUUGGUGGCGUUGCCGCCAAUCACACGAUCCCGACUCUCCGGCUACAUAACAUACCUCACAUCUCCGGCCUGUAUAUGUUCAGCUUCGCCGGCCAUAUUGUCUUCCCUGACAUACACAGGGCCAUGAAAGACCCCUCCAAGUUCACCAAGGUAUCCAUCGUGAGCUUCACAUUUGUGACUUUGCUGUAUACAUCCUUAGGAUUCAUGGGGGCUAAACUAUUUGGACCAGGAGUAAAUUCCCAAAUUACCCUUAGCAUGCCCCGGGGCCUAGUGUUCACCAAAAUCGCGCUAUGGGCCACGGUUUUGACACCAAUGACCAAAUACGCCCUCGAAUUUGCACCCUUUGCGAUACAACUUGAACAUCGGUUUCUUUACUCUAUGAAGUCUCAAACCAAGAUGAUCAUAAGGGGCACCAUCGGCUCGAUUUUGUUGCUAAUCAUACUCGUGUUGGCCCUCUCAGUGCCAUACUUUGAGUACGUCCUUGGCCUUACGGGCUCACUCGUUGGUGUGGCGAUCAUCAUUAUUUUUCCAGCCGUUUUCUACAUCAAGAUCUUCUGGAACCAAAUAUCGAAGCCCAUUUUGGUCCUUAACAUGAUCCUCAUCGCACUCGGCUCCGUUCUUGGGGUGUCGGGCACGAUCUCUUCCUUGAAGUUGCUUGUGGGAAAUUUUAAAAGGCUCCAUCACUACAGUUCGUAA